AUGCCUCACUCAGUACCUGUGCCCCCAACAGGCCUACAGGCCCUAAUUCUUUGUGGCCCUGGUGUAUCGCUAAAUACAUUCACUUCGAACCCCGAGGAAUACCCCAAAUGUCUUAUCCCUGUGGCCAAUCGGCCGAUGCUUUGGUAUGCCCUGGACUGGUCGAAAAGGAUGGGCAUUACCGAUGUUACAUUGGUCACUCCUCCAUCUUCGCUCGCUCCCCUCCAGGCCGCGCUACGACAAAACCCGCACCUUACCUCGCUCUCCACACCGUCAGUUAUCGCGCCGGCGGAACUUGAAAUGACCACCGGCACAGCAGAGCUUCUUCGUCUUCCUGAGGUACAAGCCUGUAUCAAAUCCGAUUUCCUCCUUCUGCCUUGUGAUCUCGUUUGCGAACUGCCCGGGGAGUCUCUUCUUGAAGCCUGGAUGGUGUCUGGCGGUGAAAAGAACCGCCGCAAUGGACUCAGCAUGUACUAUCAAACCCAGGGCCGAGAGGAGAGUGUCAAGGGCGAAGCAACAGACUUUAUUGCAGUUGCACCACUGGAACAAAAUGAGGCUCCCGUCGUUUCCCACGCCGCACCUCGUUCAUCACUCAGCAAACUCGUCCUCUCUAUGCCCAUGGACACAUUGAAGGAAAAAUUAGAAAACGACAAGGGCUUCCUUGUGCGCCACUCCCUGGUGGAUGCGCAUGCACAAGUGAAAUUGCUGACCACCUACCGGGAUGCGCACAUCUACCUCCUUCCUUACUGGGUCAAGGAUAUGGCUCGGUUGAAUGAACAAUUCCAGUCCGUCAGUGAAGAUCUGAUCGGGUGGUGGGCUAAGUCUGAGUGGCAACAAGGCCUCAGCGAUAAGCUGCAAAUCAACAAAAUCUUCCAGCAGAAGAGCCGCAGUCUAAGCCACAGCCACACACUAGGCGAGAGCGAGAGCCACGACGGCGAAUCUCUCGACGGCGAAUCGCUUGAGGAGGAGAUUGAUCUACAAAACAUGAGCACCACCAAAGCCACCCCCGCCAAAUUCAACACAGCCGCUUCCGAGACCCAAUUCGCAUCGCGUGUCACGACCCCAAGUUCGCAAACCGUCAAAAGCCCCAAGUCAAAUCUGCCACCGAUGCUCGCUUACGUGCAGAAAGACACCACGCCUUUCGUUAGGCGGGUGGAUUCAUCUGCCGUCCUUCUGUCCACCUCGCUCCGUCUUGCGAAGCUGGAGUCCAUUGAAGAGGUUGGUCGGGUUGCUUCAUCGGCAUUCGCCCACACCUCGAAGGUGGCCAACACCGCCAGCAUCGCACAACGCUGUACCGUUACAAGGGGCGACUGCCUGGUCGAUAGUAACUCGACGGUCGAGGAGAAGUGUGUCAUCAAAGAGACCAUCAUUGGUGCCAACUGCCACAUUGCCAGCGGUGCCCGAUUGACUCGCUGUUUGAUCAUGGACGGUGCCGUCGUUGGCGAACGCUGUCAAUUGACGGGUACCAUCGUUGGACGCCGCAGCAAGAUCGGCCGUGAAUCGGUGCUGAAGGACUGCGAGGUUCAAGAUGGAAACGUCGUUCCUGACGAUACGGAUGCCAAGAACGAGAAGUUCAUGGUCUUCGAGGGUCUUGACGAUGAAGAUGCUAUGGAUGCGUCGGAGGAUGACCAGGACUAUUGA